AUGACAAAGACACUGGAGAUUGACAUAAGAUCUGCAGAAGGUCUCAAGGUAAACCGGAGACUUAUAAAGAGAAAGACUUUCGCCGUCGUAAAGAUCGGUGAUAAAUCUCGAAUUUCUAAUCUCGACGAAUCUGGAGAAAGCAACCCAACAUGGAACCACAAAUCGGAGAUAACGAUCGAUAGUUGUAGUAAUAGUGGUAAACAGUUUAUCUUCAUUGAGGUAUUUUAUCGAACAGGUUCUGGGCGUAAUAAGAAAAUCGGAGAAGCUAAAAUCCCGGCGACGGAUUUCAUGGGUAGAUAUUCACCGGAAGGUCAUUUGAAUAUCUUGAGCUAUAGAUUAAGAGAUGAGUAUGGAGACAAGUGUGGAAUCGUUAACGUUUCGAUUAUGGUUAAACCCGGUUCAACGGAGGCGAUUAAAGAUUACGGUGCGUGUUCGUCGCAAGUGAGAACAGAGUCGCCGUCGAUUGAUGGGUAUGGUGGUCGGAUUGUUACAGGAGUUCCGGUUUAUUGUGUGAUUCAACGACAAUCUUGA